CUCUGCUACUGAGAGGAGUAAAUGAGAGGAGUAACUGAGAGACACUCUCCCCCCUGAUUGCAGAAUGGUCUGUGCCCUGUGGCAGAGCUGGAAGUGACCAAGUGUUGGUGUUUCCCUCAGGUACCCACCAUGUACACCCUGCUGUCUGGCCUGUAUAAGUACAUGUUUCAGAAGGACGAGUACUGCAUCCUCAUCCUGGGCCUCGACAAUGCUGGCAAAACGACCUUUCUGGAACAGACAAAAAUCCAGUUCAGCCGUAACUACAAGGGAAUGAACCUGUCCAAGAUCACAACCACAGUUGGGCUAAACAUUGGUACCAUUGAUGUUGGGAAGGUGCGGCUGAUGUUCUGGGACCUGGGGGGGCAGGAGGAGCUGCAGUCACUGUGGGAUAAGUAUUAUGCAGAGUCCCAUGGGGUGAUCUACGUUAUUGAUUCCACAGAUGAAACACGCCUCUCAGAAUCUAAGCACGCCUUUGAGCGGAUGAUCAGCAGCGAAUCCUUGGAAGGAGUUCCCAUCCUGGUUCUGGCUAACAAGCAGGAUGUGGAGGGCUGUCUCUCCAUUCCCGAUGUAAAGACUGCCUUCAGUGAUUGCAUUAACAAGAUUGGUAAGAGGGACUGCCUGACCCAGGCCUGCUCAGCGCUCUCGGGGACAGGGCUUAAUGAGGGGGUGGAAUGGAUGGUUAAAUGUGUCGUGAGGAAUAUUCACCGCCCCCCGCGGCAGAAAGACAUCACAUAGGAUUAUGCCUUGUGACUAGAGGAACGAGCUGUGCUGGGCCGGCUGGUUAUAAGGACCUAAAUGUGGCACACCUUCAUUAUAAACUGAUGGACUGUAUUCUUAUGGGAAGUGCUUGGGUGCAGGCUGAUCCUUGUGUGUAUUUACUUUAUAUGACUCCUGCUAGUCUGUAACCGUAAAGAUCAGUGCUGACAGUUUGAUUGUGCAGCCAGUGGGAUGGGCAGAGAACGUGCUUAUAUUUUUCCCAGAGCAGUGUUUAUUUAUCUGACUGAUGUACAAAUUGGGGGCCUGUGCUGUUUCAUCUAUUGUUCCAUCCCACUAGGGAUGCAGGGAGUUGCAGUUUAGCCACCACUGAAGGGCCUGCAGGUGUACAUGUAGAAUAGACAGCUUCCGAUUAACCUCCAUUUUGCCCAGGUCUGUAUUGGUAAGAUAGCAAAGCCAAUCCUCAGUUUUGCCUCUUUCAGUAGCCCCAGUGUUUCAGCUAUGACCAGUUGCCUCAUGUAUUCACCCUCAAAUGACUGGUCUCCCCUAAAUCUUUCCCAUCCCUCCCUGCUGGCUGUAGGGCUUAGCAUAUCAUCUCCUUGUACAGUUUCUGCUGAGAAGCUCAUUCUCAGGAAAGCCCUUCUGGUUCUCCUUGCAAUAUAUAAAGGGACUCCAAGGCCUCCCCUUAUUUAGUAACACUCUUUGUAUUAUCCCACACGUUGCUUCCCACGCUGCAUUCUGUUCAUGGGCAACUGGUGGCACUGUGUCUUUACGUGUGCCUGAUACAAUUUGUCGUUCUCAAAAAUAAAAUAUGAGAAGAGUUCUAGUCA